AAGUUAUUAAAAGGGAGAAGAAGAAAGAAGAGAUCAUGAAACUGAGUCAAUUCGGUUUUGAAUUCCAACCGCUCCAACAAAUUUUUAUUCUUUCUCUUUCUUUCACCAAAUCCCACAAUUUCAUUAAACCUUUUUUUAAUGUUCCCUUCUUCAGUGUACAUCCAUGUCUUGUUUUACGACAACCUCAUUAUUUCCGAAACCGUGUUUUUAUUCAACUAAUUGAUUCAAUUCGUUGAAUUGAACUCAAUCCCCAUCUGGGUUUCUGAAAAAGUUUCGAAAUUUGAAGGAAAGAAAUCAUGGGGGUUAAAAACGAUAGGGUGAAAUUCAAUGUUGGAGGCAGAGUAUUUGAAACGACAUCAACAACACUUGCAAAUGCUGGGAGAGAUUCCAUGUUGGGUGCAAUGUUAGAUGAGAAUUGGAAUCUGUUAGAUAAUGGAAGUGAGAAAUUCAUGGAUCGUAACGCAGAUUGCUUCUCUGUUAUCUUGGAUCUGUUAAGAACUGGUGAACUUUACAUCCCACAGAACAUUCCUGAGAAGCUUUUAUACAGAGAAGCUCUUUAUUAUGGUGUUCUAGACCAUGUUCGCUCUGCAAAAUGGGGUCAAUUUGAUGGGAACAGGUUAAGGUUGUCUAGGUCUGUUCAAGGACAAGCACCUGGUGAUGGAACAGCAAUUCGAGCUGGUCCAGAUGGUGGUUGUUGUGUUGCACAUGGUUGCAUGGUUCAUGUUUAUGAUUGGAUGUUAGAUCAACACAAUCCUCUUAACCUUGAUUACCAAAGAGUCAACGAUGUUGGUUGGGUUGACCCUAACAACAUAGUUAUAGGUGUGAGUGAAAGACUUGGUCGUGGUGAUGGUGGAAUGGGUUUGUUUAGUUCACAUAAUGGUGAACUUAGGUACAAGUUUCAUGUUAGUCAUGAAAAUCAUGUUAAAAGUUACACUGCUGGUGCUUUGAGUUUUAGUUCUGAUUACAAGAUUUUUUCUAGCUGUAAAGGUAGAAGUAAUGAGUAUGGUGUUGGUGUUUGGGACCAAGUUACUGGUAAACAAGUUGAUUUUUUUUAUGAGCCUUUAGGUUGGUCGCUCGGCGAUGCUGAUAAGCUUCAAUGGUUAGAGGGUAGUAACUGUUUGUUAGUUGCUACAAUGUUUCCUAGAAAAGAUAACUGUUACAUUAGUCUUUUGGAUUUCAGAGAGAAGAAAAUGGUUUGGUGUUGGUCUGAUGUAGGUGCUACAUUGGUUGUGGAUGAGAAAAGGGUGAGAGAUGCUAUAGCAAUGGAGGGUAACAGAUCAAUUUGUGUGGUGAAUGAGUUUGAGGAAUUAGGUUUCAUGGAUUUGAGAAGCUCUGCUGCUGCAAGUGUGAGGUGGAGUUCGAGAAGUAGGUUGAUGAAAGGGAAGAUGCCUGAAGAACCAUGUUACCCUAAAUUGGCAUUGCAUGGGGGACAACUUUUCUCUUCCAUGAAUGAUUGUAUUUCGGUGUUUUGUGGACCUGAAUGGGUUUUAACGUCGAGACUUCGACGUAGCUAUGGUGGGUCAAUCUGUGAUUUUUCCAUUGGAGGUGAUAGGCUUUUUGCACUUCAUAGUGAAGAGAAUGUUUUUGAUAUAUGGGAGACUCCAACACCACCAAUUAUAUGAUUUAGUUGUGUUUUUUCGCUUAGUUUAAGGUUAGUUUUUUCAUAACCAAAUUGCUUCUUCUGCAAUUUUAUAGAUAGUGCUGAAUCUAAAACAUUGUAUAUACACAACAGAAGAUAUUAUAAAUGUGGAUUGCUUCUUUUUCUAUA